AUGCAGGCCACACCUGAGAACAACGUUGUCUACCUGCGCUAUGGGCCAUAUAGCGCACUUGGCCUUUCAGUGGAACACCGCACCUUCCGCCUGCAAGGCCUACAAGCUGUGUUGAAUGAAGAUGGGCAUAAAGUCGUCUUAGAGAAGAUAGAUGACAGGAAUGUGGUGGAGCUGGUGGUGAAUGGAGGAGUCAUCUUCCACUGUAACAUCAAUGACCUAGAGUUUGGAGGUGAUGGUAAACUGGAUCCAUUGUGUGAACAGGCCAGGAUAGCCGUGCAAGGUGCCUAUUGA